AUGGAUGCUUUUGAUACUGACCACAAUGCGAUAAUGAGAGCCAAUAAUACAAACGCAUUCCCAAAAAUUAAAAAGCUAUUGCGCACUUUAGAAAUUCUGGUGAUCCUCGUCUAUCUCACGUCGGCCAUCGUCCGACUUCCGUCCGCCGUCAAAUUCGCCGGAGAGUAUUUCCGGCGGCUCGCACUCUUUGUAAACAAUAUCCAAGGUGAACGGUCAACGCCUCUCACUCGUACCAGUCAACGCUCCGAAAAAAUUGUUCUCCAAGACAAGGAAACUAUUUCCGAGGUGAAAACCAAAUUAGCCUGUGAAGUUUGUCGACCGGAGGAAGACAAAGGUUGUAAUAAUUGUGGUGGUCGCCGGCGGCGAGUGGCGGCGGCGGACGGCGGCCGGCAGGUGGAGGGACUGAGCAACGAGGAGUUCAAGAGAGCAAUUGAGGGUUUCAUUGCGAGGCAAAUAAAUUUUCAUCGACAAGAACAAUUGGCGAUUGUGGUUCACAGCCGCGUGGGCAAUUGUUACAACUAUAAAUAGAUGAAGACUUAUAUGUCUAAUAUAACGAGGUAUGUAAAGCGAGCACUAGUGGAUUUCGGUAAAUGGAGUAAUGUUGGUAUAAAUAAAUUACGAAUUCUUAAUUUUGUUUAGCAAAUUUGAAGGAUAUGCACAAAAUAUUUGCUUAUAUACGUGAUUUUUUAAUAUUUAAUUGUUCGGUAACUGUCAUUUUUAUUAAACGUGGGAUAUCCUUCACGAAUUCCUACCUCUUUUUUUGGUUAUCUCUCUCCAAACUCUCUCUCCUUCGUCGUUUACUUCUCUCUGACAAAAACCGACCAUCCCGUCGUCGUCGAAAGAAAUCAUAGCCGAGAUCAAGUUCGCGGAUCCGCAACAUUAAACCUAAGGUAGAUCACAAACUUGUCGAGAGGAAUCUUCAAUUUGAAUCUAAAUCCAAGCAUAGUGGCUCGAAGAAAUUGUGUAGUAGAAGCGCAAAAUAAAUUAUUGGUGCAAAUAUCUCAAACGAUGUCGAUGAACAACACCCGCAAAAGAAGCGAACACGGCGUAAUAUAAAGUCUGCCACUUUCACCUAGGUGCACGAAUAGCGUUGGGCUUUUUGCAAUAUAUAUAUGUAUAUGUAUGUAUAUGGGCAUCGAUGAGAACGAGAUCUGAUUCAAAAUUAAACCUAGCCUCUAAUGCAUUUUUUUGUGUAUUUUUUAUAUAU